AUGGCAAACCCUCCCCCCAACAGAACCACAGAGGUGAGGGCCUACCGGUCCAAGAACGCCAAAGCUUCGACCGAGAUCCAGGAAGAUCCUGAGCUGUGGAGGGAUAUCCACAACAAUGUCCGCAAGAUGGAUGAUCUCUAUGAUGCCACCUUCUACACUUGGCUAAAGUCGGAAGAUAAUGUCCUUGUUACAGCCUCGUAUUUACAGCGCCUUGCGGGCGAGUAUGAACACGACCGCAUCGAGCAUGCCCUCUGUUGGUUGGUCCACGGCUGGCGGCUCGAAUCGAUUGCGGUCCUGGUAAAGCAAGUAACUUUUGAUUGGAUCCACGUCCACGGUGAACAAGGCGAAAAGAACCGCGCCCGACUAGUCCUCGCCUUGACUGACAACUGGGCGAUUCAAUACAUUGCCCGUUUGGCAGGAACACUUUUGACAAGUGCUGCUACCCCCUCUCCGCCACCAACCCUCCUCACCUUUACGCCUUGUCACUCAAGAAUGGCGUCACUGCCAGGGUCGCCUGUUGCACCACAUUCACUGACCUCAGCAGCAGCGACUUGGGGCUCGCCCUCCCCACAGUCCUCAGCUCGACCUGGCACCACUUUCCCUCAGCCCCUCUCAACGCCAUCAUCACCACGUUCUAAUCAUCAACCUCUCUCGACCUUCAACACACCUCAGCCAACCCAGGGUCGCCGUAUGGCUGUUUCCCGACGACACGGGUCCCCCAUGGCCAUGCCCUCGGCCGAAGAGAUUACUAUGGCUGCCGGACGACCCGCCUCAAUGUCGCCCGCUGCAGAGUCCCAUGCUAGCAGUGGUAAUCGAUCGAACCAUCACCGCCAAAGCUCAUCCACGCUACCAGGUCAUCAGCAACACCAAGCUCACCACCAACUGUUGCAGCAGCGCACAUCAUCGUCGUCGUUGUCGUCGGAUCAUAUCCAUCAAGGCAUUCCACCUCUCCAUCCUUCAGCCUCCUCAGUCGUCAACCCAACCUCCUCCAUUACCACCGCUUCAGACGCGCUCUCAAUAGCUGCUGCUACACCAGUAUACCCCUCCCCAUCUCAUCAACAGUCUGCUAGCUACCAUCCCCACCAAUGCAACAUCUCUCAUCAUCCUCACCACCACCAGCACCAUUCCCCACCACAACCACACGUUCUUUCUCCUCAACUCCAGCAUCACCGACAAACCCUUCACCGAGCACCCGUUCACAUUACUCGUACCACCCAUGGUCCGCACGCGACCCAUGUUCGCCAGUCGUCGCAGCCUGGAAACAUCUCGACUUCAAAACAGCACUGGAUGCAACAACAAUCAUCCUAUGCCGCCAGCCCCAUCUUUUACAUGAACAAGUCGCUGUUUAUGGAAGAGUUGUCGCGCAAGUGGAGUUUCUGUCGGCUGUCCGAGUUUUUCCAAUGCUUGGAUCCAGCUUCAGGUAUCAGCCAUCGAUUCAAGUGCAAACUUCUCAAGGAGAGUGGACUGAAGGAUGAGUUGAGUCAAAAGCAAAAGCUGUCAGCUGGAGCCACUGGUGCCACAGCUACUGGAACUGGAAUUACUGGCAAGGAUGCUCCUGAGGAUGUUGCAGCUGCAACUCCCUCAGGUCAAGAGGCACGGGCGGGACUCGACGCAGAUUCCAAGUCUAUAUCUGCAUCCAUUCCGGUGGCGCUCAUGGAUGAGACACCGUCAGAGGGUUCUACAACUGGCGCAGCUGACAGUGCGAUGGACAUUGUCAUGACUGACAGCACUGCACCCAGUACUACUACGACAACAUCGUCCGCAUUGAGACCUUCUUCCGUGGUCGCCUUGUCGUCGGCGGUAGGAUCGUCAUCGUCGCAGCCGACACCUUCGACAUGGAAGGACAGUCAUGCCCAGCCAGGAAACGCGACGAUGCAUCCGUUGGAUACACUUAUGGAGACAGUGGCUGUGACUUGUGAUACCUCUUCGUCGUCAUCAUCAAGGUCACCCUCUGUCUCGGCUCCGAUUCCUCUGGUACUACUUCAGCAAGAACAAACAAACGUUUCUGCUGGCGCAUAUCGCCCUCUUCAGUCAUUUGGCCAUGGACAACAGCAGCAACAUAAGGACGAUAUGCGCUCGGGACUCAACAGCCGUGGUUUUAGGAACGCCGACGGAAACCAUCAACACAGCCGGGCUCAGACUGUGGAAGCCAUCAUGUCCAAGAACCCUGCCACCUCGACAGCAGGACCUUCAGGAUUGACGCUCUCGCCAACUUCGUCGACAUUGUCCUCUAAUUCGGCAUUAUCAUCACCGAUGCCCUCACCGACGACGUCUUCCACGAUGGCAGCCUCUGCUUCGUUGUCGAACUUGUCGUUGACGGAACAGCCCAGCAUGGAACCAACCUCGAGGCCAUUGUCUCAACAGCACAACCUCUCGCCUUAUACGACUCACUUUUCUGGACAGUCGUUGUAUCGUCAUGGAGUACCGCCUCACUCUGUUCCUACAGGGUCGUCAUCUGCUAUAUCGUCAUCAUCCUCGACUACUGCUACCUCGACAGUGACAACCAUGUCGUCAUCUUCAGGAGGAAUAUUGACCAUCCACACCAAUGGUCAACAACAACAACAGCAUCAAGGACAAGCGCAGCAAUCGCAACAGCAACCGCAGCGGCACCAUCCUCAUGACUCGACAUCAGCUAAGCGCAAGAACUCACUCGGCGUGAGUCUUGUCAACUCGACCAAUUGCUCGUCCUUUUCGUCCAAUGGGUCGUCUUCAGUCAACAUGCACUCUUCUUCGGACGGGUCACUGUCGUCCUCAUCGGCCAUCUUCCCAGGUCCUCGUCGGACAAGUACCAGUGCCAGCACGACGAAUGAGGACCUUAAGCGAUUGCGGUGCAGUCGUCAAAACAGCACCUCGUCCUCUGCCUCUGGCAUCUAA